AUGGCAAAGACCAAUUUCGAAGACUUUCUUCAAUUUCUGGAAGACAACGAUCUUGCGGUGGUAAAGGAAAAUAUAAGUACCAAGACUUGGGAAUACAUCAUUGGGCUGGAUGCUGUAGAAGUGUGGGAACAACUCGGUGCAUCACCCAUAGAUGCAAGAAGCAUCACCAGCUUCAUAAAGAGACGCAUCUCUCAAUGUGCAGAAAAAGCGGAAAUACGAGGGACAAAGACAGAAGAAACAAAUUUAGUCUACUUUGUCAAUCCGUCAGAAAAUGAGGAAAAUAAGACAUUCCUGACUAAUAUUAGGCAUGGCGGGUUAUUGAUGCUAAUGGGUGCACGAGCAUCCGGGAAGUCGACAAGAACGUUAAGGCUCGCAGCAGAGCUAAACGAAGAAGGCUAUUGCUGUAUAUGCACUAGUUUGGAAGAGGUGAAUGCCGUCCAUGACGGAGAGGCCUUUUGGAAAACUCUAGGUGCUGCCCUUCAGCGCCAAUGCCAAAGACCCUUUUUGCGAAAGAUUCAUUCUUCCAGUGAUUUCCUUGAUGUUUUUGCUCGAAAGGAAUGGAAAAAUGAUGUCGUCAUUUUCAUAGAUGAAUUUGACAAGCUAUAUUCUGCAAGCGACAGUGUCCGUGAUGAAUGUCUCGAAACUUUUCGAAGCGUCAGGAAUAAUCGCUCUGCUUAUGCAAUUUUGACAAUAGUUGCGAUCGGAACUAUCAGCAUCCGCUGCUUGACCCCAUCCAACCGACGUUUAUCACCUUUUAAUGUUGCAGAGUCGCUCAACAACCCGUAUUUUACUGAGCAACAAGUGCAGUACCUUUUCGACGAAUUCGCGCAGAAUGAACAAAUUCGGAUAGAUAAUUCCAUGGUAGAUGAUAUAUUUGCAUUGUCUAACGGGCACCCGGGCAUGGUUUGCCUUUGCGGGCGUUCCAUUAUGGAAAAUCUUCUGAGGGAGGUUGAUGAAAACGGAACACUCCACUUUGAAACCUGGACAGACUUUGUUACUACUUCUCUAGAUCAGCAGAUAGUUAACUAUACCACGUUUCGAAGAAUGAUAGAAACUCUUCGGAAUGAUGUAGCAAAGGACGCCCUGGAUCUUCUCCGAGCUCGCUUUGUAGGUUUUCUGGAUUAUGUCACUAUCUAUGAUGAGGAGGAACAGCAUCAAGCUGAUUUUUUGGCAGCGGAGGGAGUGCUUUUGAAACCGAAAGUGAAUGAAAAUCGCUACAGAAUGGCGUCAGCUUUGAUAGACUCACUGAUACGACGACGCGUUAUUCCAGCAAGGUACCCGUUCGCCCCUUCUAGCCCAGUUCCAAAUCGUCCGACUCUGACAAUGGACACUCUUGCAGUCUUGAAGGAGGCCUUAGCAUUCUUUGACAAAGAGCUCAUUUGCUAUGCAUCCGAGCAGUCAUACAAAAUGGCACCUGUGAUCGUUGAAGGUCAAAAAAAUGUGCGCGUUCCACGAGAGAGCGUUUAUGAGUCAGAGCUGAACAGAAUCUUGACAAACUGGAUUUGUAAGCAAGGAAAAUACAUGGUAUCUGAACAAUGGCAUCUUACACGGCACAGCAACACACGCACGCGUCACAUGUACAGUGACAUAGUCAUCACGAAAACUGGGAGUCCAACAAUCGUCCUCGAGCUCGUGGCAACAGCAAAAGUUGCACAACUUGAAGAGCACAUUGAACGAGCACUUAUCUACAAAGCAUUACAUUCUGGAGCAGAGACUUGGCUCAUUCAUUUUACGCGUGGUGAUGAUGUUGUUGAAAACCCAUACUGGCCCGAAAAGUUGGAGAAUGGCUUUGGUAUUGUACAUUUUUGGCAUGAUGUGAAUUUCAAUACUGUGAAAAUGAGUGUCCGUUUUAAGGAUGAGGACAACAUACAACAGAUUGAUAAGCAGCUUGUGACCAUUUAA